GUAAAUACAGGCCUUGUAAUAUCUGUCCUCUUCACGCACCAAAAUUAAUUAGGCCUUGCCAUCAGUGUAUUCUGCUACAACAUUGUUAUUUAAAACCUGUAUAUUCACUAGUUGGACCACUUAAUUAUGCGCUUUGCAGAAUCGGUAGUACCAGAAAAAGACAGCGGCCUCUGUUGCACCUCUUCCGGGACAAAUUCUAAGGUGACGCAGGUAGACUUCGUGUCGGUCCAAUGGAGAAUAAGCCAAAUACAGUUUCUGCAGGAAAGUGCAUUUACUGCACUUAUUGUCCGCUAUAAAAUUCUCCAUGAUAUUUAUACUAAAGUGAAACUGCCCUUUUAUUUUUCUCGGUAGGUUAAUAGCUAGGCUACUCAUUGCCGUCUUAUCAACGUGAAAAAGAUGAAGAUUUUAAGUACGGAUGAAUUACAGCAAGCGGAGAGGAUUCUGCAGUCACAUUUACCAAAGAGUUCUAAGAUAUAUGGAUUAAUAUUUGGCGUAAACAGAAAUAAGCCACAUUUCCUGGAGUUUGUUGUGGACUCCUGGCCUGAUUUCACAACCAUCAUUUGUCGACCCAAUCCAGAGAGUGAACACUCUUUGGAUUACACGAAGAAGGUGUCUGUCUUCAGCACUGAUGAAAAGAUCCUGAAAAGAAUGCUGGCUGAAGAUAAUGCUAUUGAUUGGAGUACAUACUUCUUUGUUGGGGGGUUUGACAUUCGCCAUGCUACCAUGUUGAAGGAAAUCUCAUCUUCAAAAGGUGUUCCAGUCAGGGAGUUCACUCUCGUUCAUCUAAUGACCUUACAGGAUCCAAGUCUCCUUCCCGAACUGACUGUGAAUAGUGACGCAGUGACCAGGAUCUCCUCUCUGAAUGAAUCACACAUUGAUUUGGUGAAUAAAACCUGGAAAUUUGGGGGUGAUGAAAAAGGAUACAAAAAUAUUAAGAAACUCGUAAGCCAUUUCCCAACGUGCUGCAUCACUGACGAAAAAGGUCAGCCGGUCUCGUGGGUGCUCGUGUACGAUUACUGUGCCUUGGGACUGCUGUACACACUCCCAGAGCACAGGGGCAAGGGAUACGCCAAAAUCCUGAUAUCAACCAUAGCAAGAAGGCUCCAUGCACAGGGGUAUCCUGUCUACUGCUUCAUCGAGGAGGAGAAUGAACUUUCAUACAGGCUCUUUAAAAACCUGGGCUUUACUGAAGACCCCACAUACAGAGCUGCCUGGUUUGAGUUCAACCACUGAAAAAAGUAAUCCCUAUUUGGAGAACUUACUUGUAUCUUGGAGCAAUGCCUAUUUUUUAUUAUUCCAUUAAACAGACCUUUAGUAAGUGGGUUGCAGAUUGUGCAAUACCAGAUGCAGACUAUAGACAUUGAACAAUGGCCUGCAUAAAAGUCUGUGCUGUAAAAAUGAGUAAUAUACCUUUGAUUUAAACUGUUUAACCUUGACCACUGAGAGUGCAAAGGGGAAUUUGUUGCCUUUGAUUUCAGGUACAGAUUAUUGUGAUCAAAGUAUGUGAAGACAGUAUCUGAAGUUUGAUGAAUUUGUUUCAGAUUGACACAGGUGUAAAUUUACACCUCGUUUAGGAUUAUUAACAGGAGAUAAAUAUGUAAUGUUAAAAAUAUAAAAAGUCUAAUAAUUUUUGAAGGGGCAUUAUUUUGAUGUUAAAGCUAUCUAAUGAUCAGUUAUAACCUUAGUACCCACUUAAUAUCACCUUUG